AUGUAUUCAAACAGGCUGCUGUUGCUGUUGUUAUCGUCGUUGACGGGAAGCGUGCUCGCGGCGCAACCCGUCGUCGCCAACGCUGACUCCCAGAAGCCUCUUCUCGGGACUCUGUCGAAUGCCGAGGACCCGGGGUCGGCGGCAGACCAACGGACAACGACGACAACGACAUUCCCGUCUAACGGGCACGCGGCGAGGCUGAACUACUCGUCACCCGCGCCACACCUGUUCGCGUCGGCGUACGGGCUCCUGCAGCAGUGGAGCAACACAAUGUUCCCAAACGGGCACACGAUGGCGGCGGUCGAGGUGCCGCCAUUCACGUUAUUGUAUCACGGGAGAACGGACGACGCAGGAGGGGCGCCGAGUCCGGAGUGGCUCGCUUUCGACAUAGAAAUGGCCUAUGGUAUCAUGGGCAGCACGAGGCAGAGCUUCAUGCUCACCUACCAAACGACGCGGCCUGUUAAGGCGCUCUAUUUCGACGGCGAGUCGGCGGCGCUCAUGGGACUCGGCCAGCUCGAUACGCAGAUGCUGCACCUUUACGGCAACGUCUCAGGGCCAGACGGCGGCGGCGGCGGUAGCGGCAGACCCUGGCGCGGGCUAGAGCCCGAGUACGACAGGGCCAUGGGCCUCUGCGACUGGCUACUGGAGAUGGGGCUGAGGGGCGACGGAUGGGGGAUCGAGGGCGUGGUGAGGAUGAAUACCGGGUUUGAGAUGAUUUGGUGCGACUUUGGAGGCGGGAGUCUGAGGCUUGUUUCGAGGACGAACGUCACUGCACCGCAGACCAGGGAGGAAAAGGGUGGGGAGGAGAGUGUCGAGGGGGCCAGUGAGGGUCGGGAGAGAGGAGUGAUCGACGAAGAGAUCCCGACUUCGGUGUAUCCCCUCCCGCCGCAGCCGACCCUGACGGAGCGCCCCGUCAGCCCGUCGCGCCCACCGAUUCCUCCCAACUGGCGCGGCAUCAUGGACCCCGUCGAGCGGGAGCCCUUCCUGCAGAGCCAGGGAUGGGAGUGGUUCGCGUCGGCGACAUGGCAUUACGGCUCGAACGGCGCCGGGGCGGGCAAGGGGGAAACGAGGGCGCGGGUGUUGGGGUGCGGCAUCACAAGCUGGUACUCCAAGGGUCAAUGGGGUGCCGUUGCCAACGAGGAGAGGACGAGAUUGAACCUCACAGCGGACGGACACUGGGUCGACGAUGACAAGAUCGGCAACCGGAGCGUGGCGCUGGGUGAGCUAGGGCGGCGGAGAAGGCUACACCAUCUCGAGGGCGUCACAGCGUUGCAGGCGGCGGAGAUGCGGUGGGACACGGAGGUUAUGUUGAGAGACGCCGUCGUCGGCAGCGGGGGAUGCAGCGGGAUGGAAUGGGCCGGGACGAUGGGGGAGAUUGUGCAGCGGACGGCGGGCCGCCUGAUGGCGCUGGAGCAAGGCGCGAGGUCCUUCGCCGGCGGGGGCAACGUGACGGAGGUGAGGGACUGGCUGUACAGACUGCGUGGGCAGAGCCACGCGUUCCUGAUGCCGUUCCUCGAGUACCCGCACGAGAUCGGGCCGGGGACGUGGGAUGUGGCGGGCGGUCUCUUCAGCGAGACGUACUCGCGGUGUCGGUACCGGUACACAAGGCUGCUGGUCGACGUGCCGCUGAGCGGGAGGGAACGGGACCUGAGGGACGCGACGGAGGAGGUCAUGGGCGGCAUCUGCGGCGUGCUGCUGGAGGUCGGCUUCGGCAUCGAGAGGGCGUGGUUCGAGCUCGAGGAAGAGCCGGCAGAGGGAGGGAGGUCCGGGCUGGAGGCCGAGAGCCAGGGGUGGGUGGACGCGGUGAGGCGGUUGAGGGCAUGGGUCGGAUGGGAGGGAGAGUUCACGCGGUGCACGAGGGUGUGCGCGUGGGAUGAGCGGUGUUACAUCCCCAUGUGGCCGUUGUUGCGGUCCGUGUGGGGCAGAAAGAGGCCGAGACCGCCGCCGGAGCGCGGGCCGGGGAACGGGACGGAGCCGGGUGGGUCACUACCGCCGCCGCCGUCGCCAUCGCCCCCUUAUCGGGGGAGGGAACCAGGGCACGGGGGAGGAAAUCGUACAGGACCUGGAUACGGCAUGCCGGGGCGCGGUCCCGGCUGGAUGGGGGACGAGACGGACUUGUGGGAGCCCAAGUGCGUCAAGAUGGAGGACAUCAUGCCGAGGGGCCGGGGCUAG